AUGAAACUGGCAUUCGUAACUGGGUCAAACAAAGGCAUUGGAUAUACCAUUGUUGAAAAGCUUGCAGAAUUUUAUGGGACAUCAGGAGAGUGGGAUAUUUAUCUAACAGGUAAGAAGUUGUUGGUUGAUAAUUUAACAGCUCGAAAUGUUGAGCUUGGUCAGGAAGCUGUGGAGAAGCUCAGUAACAAGGGCCUUGAUGUUAAAUUUCAUCAACUAGAUAUAACUGAUCGAGAUAGUCGAAAAGCGUUCCUAACAUUUGUAGAGAGAAACUAUCCUAAUGGAAUCAACAUUGCAGUGAAUAAUGCUGGGAUUGCAUUUAAAGCUGACACUCCAGAGUCACAUGGCGAGCAAGCACGAGUCACUGUUAACACCAACUUCACUUCGACUGUCGAUUUCACGGAAGAGUUCAUUCCUUUACUGGCUGAAAAUGCCAGAGUCGUCAACGUAUCUUCUACUCUUUCUUUGUCCAAUCUGAUGGAACUUAGUGACGAUCUGUACGAAAAAUUUGUCGGCAAAAUGAAUCUUUUCGAACUAAAAGAACUUAUGGCGGAGUUUGUAAGGUCUGCUGAGGAUGGUACUUAUUCUGAGAAAGGUUGGGUGUCAAGUGCGUAUGCGGUAUCUAAAAUAGGCCUUACAAAGGCUUCAUUUAUUUUUGGUGAAAUGCUGAAAGAUGAUCCAAGAGGGAUUGUGAUAAAUUCGGUAACUGGGUCAAACAAAGGCAUUGGAUAUACCAUUGUUGAAAAGCUUGCAGAAUUUUAUGGGACAUCAGGAGAGUGGGAUAUUUAUCUAACAGGUAAGAAGUUGUUGGUUGAUAAUUUAACAGCUCGAAAUGUUGAGCUUGGUCAGGAAGCUGUGGAGAAGCUCAGUAACAAGGGCCUUGAUGUUAAAUUUCAUCAACUAGAUAUAACUGAUCGAGAUAGUCGAAAAGCGUUCCUAACAUUUGUAGAGAGAAACUAUCCUAAUGGAAUCAACAUUGCAGUGAAUAAUGCUGGGAUUGCAUUUAAAGCUGACACUCCAGAGUCACAUGGCGAGCAAGCACGAGUCACUGUUAACACCAACUUCACUUCGACUGUCGAUUUCACGGAAGAGUUCAUUCCUUUACUGGCUGAAAAUGCCAGGUCUGCUGAGGAUGGUACUUAUUCUGAGAAAGGUUGGGUGUCAAGUGCGUAUGCGGUAUCUAAAAUAGGCCUUACAAAGGCUUCAUUUAUUUUUGGUGAAAUGCUGAAAGAUGAUCCAAGAGGGAUUGUGAUAAAUUCGGUAACUGGGUCAAACAAAGGCAUUGGAUAUACCAUUGUUGAAAAGCUUGCAGAAUUUUAUGGGACAUCAGGAGAGUGGGAUAUUUAUCUAACAGCUCGAAAUGUUGAGCUUGGUCAGGAAGCUGUGGAGAAGCUCAGUAACAAGGGCCUUGAUGUUAAAUUUCAUCAACUAGAUAUAACUGAUCGAGAUAGUCGAAAAGCGUUCCUAACAUUUGUAGAGAGAAACUAUCCUAAUGGAAUCAACAUUGCAGUGAAUAAUGCUGGGAUUGCAUUUAAAGCUGACACUCCAGAGUCACAUGGCGAGCAAGCACGAGUCACUGUUAACACCAACUUCACUUCGACUGUCGAUUUCACGGAAGAGUUCAUUCCUUUACUGGCUGAAAAUGCCAGAGUCGUCAACGUAUCUUCUACUCUUUCUUUGUCCAAUCUGAUGGAACUUAGUGACGAUCUGUACGAAAAAUUUGUCGGCAAAAUGAAUCUUUUCGAACUAAAAGAACUUAUGGCGGAGUUUGUAAGGUCUGCUGAGGAUGGUACUUAUUCUGAGAAAGGUUGGGUGUCAAGUGCGUAUGCGGUAUCUAAAAUAGGCCUUACAAAGGCUUCAUUUAUUUUUGGUGAAAUGCUGAAAGAUGAUCCAAGAGGGAUUGUGAUAAAUUCGUGUUGUCCUGGUUUUGUUGACACUGAUAUGACUGACCAUAAAGGUGUGAAGACAACGGAUGAAGGUGCUGAUACACCGUUCUAUUUGGCCACAUUACCGAUUGGCUCAAAAGAGCCAAUUAAUCAAUUCGUCUACGAAAGGAAGGUGGUCAAAUGGUCCAAAUGAUCUUCACAUAAAUUUUAUUCUACCCAGAUAUAUGAACAGAAUGUUAUUGCUGAACUUUCUUAUCAACGUACGAGAUGUUACCCACUUGUUUUAUUAGAUUUCAGAUGUGAAUCAUUCUGUUUCUUGGUCUAAUCUGUUUACGAAUAGAAGCGAUUUCUACCUUAUCAUUAUUAUUAUUAUUA